CUCGCGGGUACCAGCCGCAGGGGCGACAGUGGGUCGGUGGCGUUAUCUCCGUCCGCGCCGUUAUCUCUCCUCCCCCUUUGCCUUUCCCAUCUGUUCGAUCUCCGUGGAGCUGUCGACGUUGAUCAUCGCCGAGUGAAACCGGAGUUCAAAGCUGCUGUUUUGCAAGGGGUGGGGGAGACAGCUCGCGCUCUGGCGGCCAUGGCGUCCCUGUCGGAGAGCAGGAACAUGACGUUGGAGGAUGCGGAGGUGACGUCCGAGCACCGGGGACCGGAGCCGAGCCGUCGCCAGCUCAUCCCGCUGGAGGACAGGGACACGGUGGCGGCUAGGGAGCUGGACCUCGGGUUCCCCCUGAUGAGGCAGAACACCAUCUAUUCCCUCACCCUCGACGAGAUCCAGAACGCAGUGUGCGAGCCCGGAAAGACGUUCGGCUCCAUGAACAUGGAUGAGUUCCUCACCAACAUCUGGAACGUCGAGGAGAUCCAGGCCGCCGCAGCUGCAAACAACAACAACGAAGUGCCGAUCAACCACCUCGCUGAGAGCACUGCAGGACGGCAAGCGGCGGAGGCUCCGCCACUCCGUCGGCAGGGGUCGCUCACGCUCCCGGCGCCGCUGUCUAGAAAGACGGUGGAUGAGGUGUGGGCGGAGAUCCACCGGGACGUGGCGCUUCGGUCGCAACACGUGGAGCGGGCUAGCCAGGAGGGCGCCGGGAGCGCCGCUCGCCAGCCGACCUUCGGGGAGAUGACUCUCGAGGACUUCCUCAUAAAGGCUGGCGUGGUCCGGGAGGGGUACGGCGGCGGACCGCCGGGGGCGCCGUCGCCCCACCAGCAGCCGGUGGCGCCGCCUCCCGCGCCGGCGGCGCAGCAGUACGGGAUGGCCGGGUUCGGCCACGUCGUGGGCAUGGCGGGGUAUGUCGACGAGCAGGGGCUGGGGUCAGCAGCGGGCGUGGGCAACGGGGGCUACUCGGUGGGUAAUGGGUUUGGUGGACGGGUGGGGAAUGGCUACGCCGCUGCGGCGGCGGUGGGGUCGCCGGCUAGCCCGGUAUCCUCGGAGGGGAUCGGGGGAGGGCAGGUGGACAACACGGUGGCAGGGUACGUGGCAGACGGGCCGAGGGUUGGCGGCGGCGGAGGGAGGAAACGUCCGACGGACGGGGCAGCGGUGGACAAGGUGGUGGAACGGCGGCAGAGGAGGAUGAUCAAGAACCGGGAGUCGGCUGCCCGAUCUCGCGCCAGGAAGCAGGCAUACACGGUGGAGCUGGAGGCGGAGCUGAACCAGCUGAAAGAAGAUAAUGCCCGGCUGCGUGAAGAACAGGGAAGAGUGAUGGCGUUGAGGAAACAACUGCUGCUGGAGUCCAUGAGUGAGCAGGCGCGGAUAAACGUGCAGAAGGCCGCGAGGAAGCUGCGCCGCUGCAACAGCAGCACUUGGUGAUGGCUUUGCCAAGACCCGCUUCCUCCUCUCGUGCACAAGCUGUGAGUUCUAAUCCCCUAGCUUUGGUUGGCUUGGUGUCUUGUGCAAAGCGUAGGCAGUGAGAGAUACUGUAUUAUCCUGCAACUUAGUGAUGUAUUGAGAACACUUCUAAUAUAUAGAUAUACAUAGUUGUCAUACUGA